UGGUACCGUGUCAUCUGUCUUUUGUCGGCGAUAAGAUUGUAAGAUAAUUCAUAUAUAAGUAUACCGUAUAACAGGAAUCAGAAUUCUUGAUUGGGAGUAAGAACACACACACACACUAGCAUGAGGACCGCUAUAUUGUUAUGUGUCGCUGUGGGUCUGGUAACUUUGGUUGCGAGCCAAAACACAGCUUGCACAACCGACGCCGAGUGUGACAAAUCUUGCGGAGCCAAUAUGGUCGGGCACUGUGAGAACAACAUGUGCCAUUGUCACGCACAGAACGAAUGCGUUCACGCUGAUGACUGCACGUGCGGUGGACAUCAGGUCGCCACUUGUGAUAACCACCAAUGCCACUGCCAUCAUCCUCGUCGGGCUGUCCACGAAUGCGUUCACGCCAGUGACUGCACGUGUGAUGGACAUCAGAUCGCCACUUGUGACAAUCACCAGUGUAGUUGCCAUCAUCCUCGUCGUGCGGUCAACGAAUGUGUGCAUGCCACCGACUGCACGUGCGGCGGGGGACAGAUUGCCACUUGUGAUAACCACCAAUGCCACUGCCAUCACCCUUGAUGAUAUUACCAUAACUAACAUAACUAACUUUUUUACAAUAAUAAAAUUCGAUACUCUAA